AUGCUGCGCUUCUUCGGCGCGGAUGUGAUGGAGCUCGAGGACACGCUGUGUCCGGCUCCCGGCGCGCCGGAGGGGGCCAUCGCCAAGGCGAUGGAGAUCGGCGACCGGCCCGAUUUCCACAUGCUGAACCAGUACACCAACGAGGCGAAUCCGGAGGCGCACUACAAGACCACCGGUCCCGAGAUCUGGCGCCAGACGGAGGGCGGGGUGACGCACUUCGUGGCCGGUCUCGGCACGUGCGGCACCAUUACCGGCACGGGACGGUUUCUCAAGGCGCAGCGUCCAGCCGUUCAGGUGCUCGGCGUGCACCCCAGCGAGGGACAUGACAUCCCCGGCGUGCGCAGCCUCCGCCAACUGCAACAGACGAAGCUGUUCUUUCCGGAUGAAUACGACGGGCUGAUCGAAGUGCAGAACCAGGCGGCGUUCGAGCUCUGCCUGCGGCUGAACCGCGAGGAAAGCAUCGUCGCGGGACCCAGCUCGGCGAUGGCCCUGCAGGGCGCGUUCGAGCUGGUGCCGGACGAGCCGGGCAAUCUGGCGGUGGUGAUCUUCCCGGACAGCGCCUUCAAGUACGCGUCGUCGGUGGUGAAGCAUCUGCCGGGGCUCAAGGCGCAGGCGCCGCAGGCGGCAAAGCCCGCCCGCGACCCGCUGCUCGAGGUGAUGCGGGAGAACGUACGGGGCAAUGGCGACCUGACAAUAGACGUCGACGCCGCCCACGCGCUGCUGCAGAACGGCAAACCGUUCAUCGUGGACGUCCGCCCGCGGGAGCAGUACCGCGAGGCGCACCUGCCGGGCGCGGUCAACAUGCCGCUCGCGGAGCUGCGCGACGGCCGGGCGCAUGGCGCGCUGCCGGCCGAUCCCGGCGCCCCCAUUCUCAGCGUCUGUCAGCGCGGCAACGCGUCGCUGUCGGGGCUGCUGUUUCUCAAGUCGCUCGGCUACCGCAACGUGCGGAGCAUGACGGGCGGCACACUGGCGUGGCGGGAGAAGGGGUAUCCCGUCGAUGCGGAACCUGGCGCGGAGUAG